UAUCGGAUCCGGGACAGUGAUAGCCUCACCUCAAUGAACAUGUGGCCGUUGCUGCGCUGAUUGCCGAAAACCCUAACGAAAACCCUUUCUCUCUGAGCAAUUUGGGAACGGCCACCAAUAUUAUAGCCAUGAGGAGAAACCUUCUGCUUUCUCUGAUUCAAAAACGUUUCUUGCAAACAUCUUCAUCGUCAUUUACUGUUCAAUUCCUUGUCAACUCUUGUGGGCUUCCUCUACAAUCUGCCCUCUCAGUUUCCAAAAAGUUCCAAAUCGAUGAAAAUAACCUCCAUAAGCCCCAAUCUGUCAUCCAAUUCUUGAAAUCUAACGACUUUAAGGAUACCCACAUCGCUAAAACGAUCGAGAAGUGGCCUGCUGUCCUACAUUCCAGAACAGAAGAUACUCUCAAGCCUAAGUUUGACUUCUUCAUAAAAAAUGGUUUUGCGGGUCAUCUUCUGCCCCAGCUUAUUGUAUCAAACCCGGACGUUUUGAGAAGGCAUCUGGGCUCUCAUAUUAAGCCAUUUUUUGAGUUUUUGAAGCCUUUUUAUGCCAGUAACGAGGAAGUUGUAGAAGCUAUUAUGCGUGCUCCAUGGUUGUUGUCGAUUCCUUUAAAUGGUGAUAUGCAGUUAAAUACCGAUUUCCUGAUAAAAGAGGGAGUGUCCAUCGAUAGAAUAGCAAAACUGAUGCAGUGGCAACCAAGGGUUAUGGGGCAGAAGCAUGAUAAGAUGGUUUAUGCGGUGGCUGCUACUAAAAAAUUGGGCGUUCAACCAGGGGAUAGUAUGUUUGUACGUGUUCUUGCCGUGCUGGUUAUAGUGUCUGAAUCAACCUGGAGGAAGAGAAUUGAGGUGAUGAAAAGUAUGGGUUGGAGUGAAGGUGAGGUUUUGUGUGCCUUUAAGCGAUUCCCCCCGCUAUUAACUUGUUCAGAGGAGAAAAUCAGGGGCGCAAUGGAUUUUUUCUUUAAUACCAUGGAAUUGGGACGGCAAUCUUUAAUUACCUAUCCCUAUUUUAUUGGUUUCUCAAUUGAUAAAAGAGUUCGUCCAAGGUACAAUGUUAUGAAGGUUUUGGAGUCGAGAAAGCUAAUUGAAGGAGAUUGGAAUAUUGCUACUCCGCUAACAAUCAGCGAGAAGAAGUUCUUGCUGAAUUAUGUUACCAAAUAUGCGGACAAAGCUCCAGACUUAUUGCAGAUAUAUGGCGGUACUGACAAGUCAAAAAGAACUCACAGUUUAUGAAAAGAAAACAGAUUGUGCGAGCUCUGCAAGUCAUGUCUUCCAAAUGUUAGGAGUCGUGUUGCUGCUGGUUUGUGCACCAAUACGGAAAAGGCUUACAGCUGGUGAGCAUGCUUGAAGUUCUGCAUAAAUUGGGAUUUUCACUUGUCUCGGUGGGAGAAUUUUCCGACCAUUUUGCUAGGGACCUGGUGGUGCUAGCCCUACCUGGUGCUCAUGGGUGCGCUCAGAAAGGGGUGGUUUGACUGGGCAGAGCGUAUGGAGAUGAUGAUGGUUGGCUGUCUCUGGCAUUCCUGUCUUCUCUUCUACCAUCACUUGCCCCUUGUAAACAUAUAAAGUCUAAUUGAAACUCAUCUUUGGUGAGGUAA